GCCGGCGCUCUGCUUUGCCCCUUCCGCCAGCCGCCCCACCUACUUCACCACCUCAUCUGCAAAAGAUGCCUCGCUAUGAGCUGGCUUUGAUCCUAAAAGCCAUGCAGAGAGGUUGGUACUGUAGGCCUCACUAGACUUAGCUGCAACUAAGAAUUUCUCCUACAUCAACCAAGUUAAUGGUGAUGCUCUUGUGGAUUGGUGAAUAAAAGUGCGUGCUAAAUAUUUCAGAAGCGCAGAAAACAAUUUUUUCUUCUCAAAGUUGUACCACAACCACUACCAUCAAGAUAGCAAACCAAUGGACAAAGAAUUUGAUCCACAGUAUUUGUAAAACUAAAGAUUUGUUUUACUAAGGCUUGAGGUCUGUGACCUGGACAUCAGCUUUCGGAAGCUCCUUUGUUUACAGAAAUGAGGGCGGCUUUGGAACCAGCAGACAUUGCCAUUGUGGCACUGUAUUUUGUGCUUGUGCUGUGCAUAGGCUUUUUUGCCAUGUGGAAAUACAAUCGGAGCACUAUAAGUGGGUACUUCCUGGCAGGGCGAUCUAUGACAUGGAUGGCAAUUGGUGCUUCCUUGUUUGUGAGCAACAUUGGGAGUGAACACUUCAUUGGGCUUGCAGGAUCUGGAGCAGCAAGUGGAUUUGCCGUGGGAGCAUGGGAACUCAAUGCCUUAAUGCUUUUGCAACUCUUAGGAUGGAUCUUUGUUCCGGUUUACAUACAUUCUGGAAUAUACACCAUGCCUGGAUACUUAUCCAAACGUUUUGGAGGGCAUAGAAUUCAAGUAUACUUUGCCAUGUUGUCUCUAAUUCUGUAUAUCUUCACCAAACUUUCAGUGGAUUUGUAUUCAGGUGCAUUGUUUAUUCAAGAAUCACUAGGCUGGAAUAUUUAUUUGUCGGUAAUACUGCUGAUUGGAAUGACUGCACUGCUGACUGUGACUGGGGGUCUUGUGGCAGUUAUCUACACAGACACUAUUCAAGCUUUGCUUAUGAUUAUUGGUGCCCUCACCCUUAUGAUUAUAAGUAUGGUAGAAGUUGGUGGAUUUGAAGAGAUGAAAAGAAAGUACAUGUUGGCAAAACCAAAUGUUACAUCGAUCUUGUUGACCUACAACCUUUCCAACACAAAUUCCUGUCAUGUUGAUCCAAAGCCUGAUUCACUGAGAAUGUUACGUGAACCAACAGAUGAAGAUGUUCCGUGGCCUGGAUUCCUUUUUGGACAGACACCAGCUUCUGUUUGGUACUGGUGUGCAGACCAAGUCAUCGUUCAGAGGGUUUUAGCAGCAAAAAACAUUGCUCAUGCCAAAGGAUCCACCCUAAUGGCAGGUUUCUUAAAGCUUCUGCCUAUGUUCCUUAUAGUUAUUCCAGGUAUGAUUUCACGAAUACUGUUUGCAGAUGAUAUUGCAUGUAUCAAUCCAGAACAUUGUAUGCAAGUUUGUGGAAGCAGAGCUGGAUGUUCUAACAUUGCCUAUCCACGUUUGGUAAUGAAACUUGUUCCUGUUGGCCUGCGAGGCCUCAUGAUGGCUGUAAUGAUUGCUGCACUGAUGAGUGAUUUGGAUUCUAUCUUUAAUAGUGCCAGUACCAUAUUCACACUUGAUAUCUACAAGCUCCUCAUACGGAAGAGUGCAUCAUCUAGAGAACUGAUGAUUGUUGGAAGAGUUUUUGUUGCUUUCAUGGUGGCAAUAAGCAUUGCCUGGGUCCCAAUUAUAGUGGAAAUGCAAGGAGGUCAGAUGUAUCUCUAUAUACAAGAGGUAGCAGACUAUCUGACUCCACCAGUGGCUGCUAUUUUUCUCUUGGGUGUAUUUUGGAAGCGUUGCAAUGAGCAUGGGGCCUUCUUUGGUGGAAUGGUUGGAUUUGCAUUGGGAGCUGUACGACUUAUACUGGCAUUUAUCUAUCGUGUUCCUGAGUGUGACCAGCCAGACACAAGACCAUACUUUAUCAAAAGUAUCCAUUACAUGUAUGUUGCUACCGCACUGUUUUGGAUCACUGGAAUUACUGCUAUAGUAGUAAGCUUGCUUACACCACCACCCUCAAAAGAACAAAUUCGGACGACAACGUUUUGGUCUGUGAGAAUCAGGACCGUAAAGGAAAGCGCUUCAGCAGGCAGUUCGUUCAAAGCACAAGGGAAGGCCGGCUUAAAAUACAGCGACACUUCAAAUCAUAUCACUUCAAAUGGGAAAAAUGAAGAAAAUAUUAAAAGUGAUCAGCCUGAAAAUGUCAAUCUCUUAAUUACUUGCAGAGAUGAGAGCAAUCCAGUGAUAUCUUUAAGCAACUCUGAAGUUGAGACUCCAGUUGAUAGUUACUCUAAUGGACAGGCAGCUCUUAUGGGUAAAGAGAAGACUGGUGAAGAGACUGAAAGUAGUAACAGACACUGGAAAUUCAUAGAUUGGUUCUGUGGCUUUAAAAGCAAAAACAUGAACAGUCCAGUCAGAGAUAAGGGGGAAGAAGAGACUAUGUGUCUACAAAUGCUGGAAGAGACUCCAAAAGCUAAAUUAAUACUAAACUGUGGACUAGUUUGUGUGUGUUCAGUUGGAAUAUUCAUGUUUGUUUAUUUCUCCGUGUGAACAAAUGAUGAAUUUUAUUUGGUCAGAUAUACAGAAGUAGAGAUAGAGGUCCUUGGAGAAAUAUUUAUAUAUCUGUGUGUGUGUGUCUUAGUCUUAUAUCUCAGGAUUCCUUUACGCUUUUAUCGUCAGCCAAAAUAUUUUUCAACCUUUUUGAAAAUCAUUAGACGUUUUAUAUGUUAGCAUUUCUGUUUUAAUGCAAAAUGUUUGUGGGAUUAAGUGCAGUACUAAAUGUAGGGUUUUUGUAUACCAAAGUAAGAGAUAAAUGUGUGUUGAGAGGUAAAAUAUUAAAGCACUCUCAGAGGUCCAGCAAAAGUGAAAAUAGUGUUAAAAGGGGCAAAACUGUACAUUAUGAAGAGCAUUCCAGAGUAUUUUUGAGUGUCAGAAGAUGAUAUCUUUUAAGAAUCGUAAUCAAGUAACUUUCUGUGAUUUCUCCCUAUAUUCUUAAAACAUCAGAUCUUCCCAACAACAACAAAAAGAAAAAAGACACCAGUAUUCUAAUUAAAUGUUAUGUGAUCACUGAAAUUUUGCAUUGCUGAAUCUAUAAUUCCCUUUUUUCCUUUCUAGAUAAAACCACAUAUUUUAAAACACUUCAGUCUUGCUAGCUGUUAGAAACCUGAAUAUACAAAUAAAAACAGAAGAGACAACUAAAUUCUACUCAGAGUAGACCCAUUGAAAUCAAUUGACUUUUAAAAAAGUUGAAUAUUGCCUAUUAGCCUUCAAAGUUAUGCAGAAAGAAUGUUUCAGAUGAUGGACAAGGGAGUCUGACUUGCAUAUUCUCUUCACAAAACCAAAUACUCAGUGUAUAUCUGAAUUUUCUUGUGCUUGAAUUUUGCACGCUAAGAAUAAAAGAAUUACAAUUGCAAAAGGAAAUAUCCUAGCGCCGCUUCACAAAGCCAGCUUCUUUAUUUGUUGUAUAAUGAUCUGUCUGAAACAGUUCACAAUUGGAUAUGGAAGCAACAAAUAGCACAAGCCUUCGAUGAUGACAAUGAGUCUGUACAAAAUUAGGCAAAAUAAUAUUCCAAACUUCUUUUUAAAACUGUAUGUCGUUUUAUUUUUGUUAGGCUGAGUAGGAACAGAGAGGGAGAAUUAAACUACUUCGCUUUUCCCUUUUAAAAAAAGAAACAUCUCCACCUACUGGUUCCAAUAUAUGUGUAGGCUGCAUGUUGAGACUACAUGUCUCCUACAGAUACUUUGAGAAGUGUAGUAUAGUAAGUAAGGCUCUGGUAAUGAAAGCAGAACUGAUUUAAAUGGGGUUAUUCCAGCACAUCCAUGGAUACUCAGCAACAGUAAUAUUUUUACUUCAGUACGCAGGCAAGCAUAUGAACUGUUCCUUGUCCUCCCUCUACCCCACCCCACCCCACCCCCAAAGCUUAGAGUAUAAUACUAGAGAAGAACUCCCAGUUUGGUGGCUGCUGCUGCUGCUGUAGCAAGAAGGACUGCCCCCCCCAAAUCCUGGUGCCUUGAAUGCUUCCAUAGCAGUGUGGAGAAGGAUAGGGGAGCAUCCCUUCUGCAGCAUUGCAGCCACAAGGUUGUGGGCCCAUAGAGGUGGGAACCAGCAAUUAAGAGCAAAUUUGGAACUCUUACUGAGAACUCUUUCCCAAAGUCAAUUUUAUUGCUAGCCCCGAUUCAAAAAGGGCCUAGUUUGUCCUAGGGUUCAAAGCUCCAGUUUAAAAAAAAGAGCAUUCCGGUAAUAGUUAUGGAAUGUAACACUGAGAGCUGAGAUCCCAUGCCGAAUAAAUAUUUUUUAUAUAUACAAACUUUGUGCUUCUGCCUUGCAAAUGCAAGGUGUCCUGAAAUAGCUGAAAACUAUUCUUUAUUCAGGGUUUCCCAAACUUGGAUCUCCAGCUGUUUGGGGAAGUACAGUUCCUAUCAUCUCUGACCACUGGUCCUGUUAGCUAGGGAUGAUGGGAGUUGUAAUCAGCUGGAGACCCAAGUUUGGGAAAUCCUGUAUUUAAAAACAAAAUCAAUUUGGUAUCAUUUUCAGUUCUUUUCAGUUUCUUCCAUACUACUUAUCAGUGGAACAACUGGCUUACUAAGGUGACAAUUUUUACUAAAUGGUUGUAGACUAUGUAUAGAACUAAUGCAUAUAUUCUGAACUAUUGAUUUUAAGCUUGUAUAACUGAUAUAGUUUUUAAAGAACAUGCUGUUUAAAUGCACUACAGAGACUUUGGCUUGAACGGCCUCUGUUGAUGAUUAUGAAUUGAGACCUUGCUUGUGUACUGGGCCAAGAGUUUACUUAAACCAGUGGCCUUCCAGUGUCAAAGGAAGGGGGUGAUACAAGCUUUAAGAUGGGUAAGUACCAUCAUUGCUAAGUGCUAGAGGAGAGUUGCUAUUUCUGGCACUUGUAGAGAUGGUUGUGUUGACUGCAUUGCCAGUUGUCAUGUUGCAGGUGGACUAACUCAGGAAUUAAUUUGGCUCCCACUUUUCUUCCCUAAGAUGCCUUGUGUAAACUAAGCCAUUUUCCGGGCCUUACAGCCACAUUAAAAGAGCAAUGUCUAAUACUUCCUCGGUCCCAAUCCCAAGUCAUUUAAUACGUUUGCAGUAUUAUGAAUGUAAAUGGCAGAGUUUGUGGAUCUAUUUUAAAUGGACUCUUAAUGCAAUACAGCCAUAUUCCAAGUGACAAUGCAGCACUUAAACACCUAAAUAUUGAAUCAUUUCACAGUUUUAACAAUAGUUAGAAAGGUUUGCCAAAGUCCACAGAACAAAUUUACCUGCCAGUUAUCCAUUUGGGCCUUCUGUUCUCUUUCCUUACCAAUGAUGCAUGGUUUGUGCGGAUAAAUAGCUUGCAAUAUUAUGUCUUCAUUUAGACAGCUGUAUGGCAACUUCUAAUGUUUUUUUCAGCGUACACUUAACCUCUCUUUACUUCGGGGCUGUCCUGGGAUUGUGUUGUUCUAAAACAGAGACUGCCUGUCACUUUAAGUUGUGUGAGAUAAAUCCUGCUGGUUAACCACAGUGGUUGGGAACCACAGUUGUUGGGAACAGUCUUGGGAUGAAACAUGUUUUAAGAGAACUGUGCUGGAUCAAACCAAGGGUCCAUCUGUCCAUCUAGCCCAGUACCCAACUUGCCACAGUGGCCUAGGGGUUUGCUGCCUUGCUGUAUUCUAGACUCUUAAGACUGGCUCCAAACCAAGCUAAAACAAACCAGUACAUCAAGCCAUGGAUAGCUUGAUUUGUUAACUAACAGGUUAGAACUAACUAUAGUUCCAAGUUCAUACCUAAUACGGAAUUCUUGUUUAUUUUUGUGUGGGCCAGAGGAAAAUGGGAGCAUGCAAGUCUUUCACUUGCUGCGGCUUGCUCAUCCUCCUCUUCCUCUUCCUCUUCCUCCCUUAUACUAGUAGAACCUGGGACUAUCCAGUAAAGCUGAAUGUUGGAAGACUAAGGAUAAACAAAAGAAAAUACUUUGCCACACAAUGCAUAGUUAAACUGGUAUUUGCUUCCACAAGAUACAUUGAUGGACACCAAGUUGGAUGACUUUAAAAGAAGAUUAGACAAAUGCAUGUAGAAUAAAGCUGUGUUUGGCCUCCACUGUCAGUGGCAGUAUGCCUCUGCUUACCAGUUGCUGGAAAGAACAAAUGGGGGAGAGGUGGAGCACUCAGGUCGUGCUUGCAAGUUCCCCAGAGACAUCUGGUUGGCCACUGUUAGAACAGGAUGCAGGACUAAAUGGACUUUUGAUCUGAUGCAGCAUGGCUGCUGUUAAGUUAACCUGUUUUACCCAACCUGGUACCUUCCAGAUGUUGGGGGUUUACAGUUUACAUAGUCUCUAAGCAUUAGCCAUGCUGCCUUGGGCUUUUUGAAGUUGUAGUCAUCAACUGGAGGGCACCAGGUUGAGGAGGGUUGAACUAUAGCUAGAUUGUUUGAAUCCAGCUAUUCAUUGAUGGGCAUGCUCUCAGACUAGAACCUGGCAACCCCAUUUCCUGCUGUUUGUCUCCUAGCAGACCUAUAUCCUAAGUGUAACUUAGAUUAUGAGACUUCCUAAUUGAGUCCUCCUUUGUUGUAAGAACCAUGAACUGAGUUUCCCAUAUUCCUUUUCCUACCUAACAUUCCAUUUAGAAUAUUUUGUAUCUAUGGUUUUCCUUUUAAACUGAGAAAGUAAACGUGUAAUAGUGCCUUUUGGUAGCAGAAUAUAACCUUGUUAGGUUAGUGCAUCUCAUCUGUGAUGAAAAUACUUAUACCUUGCUGAUUCUUCACAUUUCUACCAAUGCCAUUAGGGAACAUUAUAUUUUUCUAAAUCUUUCUCUUAUUUGUCUUUCUAGUCAUGACUAGAAAUUUAUUUAAACAGCAGGUCGUAGCCUAAAUUACUCAUUAAUGGCUGUUCUGCGUAAUGAUCUGUUUUGCUUUAAAACGUAUAGGGAACCUGUGACCCGCUAGAUCCUAGUGGCCAUUGAUCAGGGAGGAUGGGAGUUGCACUGGAUGGCCACAGCUUCCCCCUUGCUGCUUUAAAAGAACACCCAGUAUGUAGAACAAGUAAUCUCUAAAGAAUAAAAACCUUUGCUAUUUAUCUCUGGAUUUCUGCAUGUUAUAUAGCCCUCUGAUGCUUAACUGUAUUUAGCAAUGUAUACAAGAGAAAUUAGUUUCAUCACAAUGUCUUUAGAGCGUACGUAAAGUAGCUCAUAAGCAGACCCUUUUAGCAGUUCAUAGAAUCAUAGAGUUGGAAGGGACUCCAAGGGUCAUCUAAUUCAACCCCCUGCAAUGCAGGAAUCUCAGCUAAAGCACCCAUGACUGAUGCACAUCCACCCGUUGCUUAAAAACCUCCAAUGAAGGAGAGUCCACCAUCUUCCAAGGGAGUCCAUUCCACUGUUGAACAGCUUUUGCCGUUAGAUAGUAGUCGGAAUAUCUUUUCUUGUAACUUAAAAGCCAUUGGUUUGAGUCCUUCCCUCCAGAGCAGGAGAAAACAAAUUGCGCUAAGUGGGAAUCUGUUUUAAUAGCAUUUGAGAUUAACACAAUGAGCAUUCUUAAACUGCUGUAAUAUCGCCUGCUCUUUCUAAUAAAUAAAUCCUGUCUAUUUAGCAGAAUUCUAGCUUUGAUCCUCUGAACUCCAGUGGAUUUUGUUUGUUUCAUUCUAUGUUGAAUAUGCCUUUUAUCAGUCUGGAGGUUUGUGGUGUAGACAGAGGGGAACUUUAUUUGUUGUAUUAUACAGUUGGGUGUGUGUUUUCUUCCCAUUGAUCAAUACUACUUCCAUAGGACCUAAAUCUUUUGACCACUACCAGUGGCUAUAGCCCUGCAAUCUGAAACUAGGCAAGCAUUCCAGUGGUGGGCCUAGUUGUUUGUGUGAACAUCAUUCUGGGUGUCUGGCAAUUUAUUGCCUUAUGUGUGAACAUGACACUUAAACCAAGCCCUACUUUAGAUACCCACAUAUUUUCAUGAAUUUAAAAUGAUGGUUUUUAAACGUUCAUUUGCUUAUUUAAGCCAACAGAAGCAUCAGUCAGAAAACUGUACGUGGGCCUUAUUUUUGCAUUGUUUUCAGGAAAAGCGUAGCUUCUGUUUAGGCAAGUGUUCUUAAUUUCCUUUUGUCACCAUCUAGAAGUGACAAAAGACUAAUGAUUGUGUGCUAUCCAUUCCCUCUUCCUCUCUCCUUUCCAUCAGUCAUCUGAAAAGUACAAUAUCUUCCUGGGAAAGGAACGGGUUGGAUUGUAGGCUAACAAUUACUUAUGAAAUGUAGACAGAAAAAUGUGCUUAGAUUAAUUUUACAGCUUUAUUUUUAAAUCAUUGUCAUAAGGCAAAUUGCAGUGUACCGGGUUUGUUUCAGUCUCGCCCACCCCUAUAAAGUAUAUAUAUAUAUUGAAUUCACAAAUCUAGUCUUUUAAGGAAAAGAUUAAAUUGUGUGACGUAUUUUAAACGUAGAUAGCCACUGUUCGUUUGGUAUGCUGUCUGUCUGUGCCUUUAAAAGUAUAUGUUUUGAAAUAAAACUAACAUUCUACAUGUAAUGUUUCAAAUCAAAGAUGUGUCCGAUGUUUAAGGGUUCUUUUGAUAGAAAUUGUGUAUAACUCAGUGGUUUUAAAUCUGUUUUAAUUAGCUGUAGGGUCAUAGUUCUAGAAUGAAAGUAUAUAUAAUUCAGAUGUUUAAUUUCACUGUGAGGUCUGUAAAUUCUUGUUGGCAAAAAGCUUUUCUUUCCUACAAAACAGUCUGGGGUAUGGAGGGUGCUGGUUUAAAACAAAAGGCUUUAUUUUUGUUCUGAUUGUAUCUAAUACAGUAUAAGAUGUUAUGUAGUGGCAUUUGGUGACACUACUUUUCCAUAGCAUUUAUCAGCUUCGCUGGGCAAAACCAGACACUGAGCAAUGAUGGAAAUGACAUACAAGAGUACUAAGUGUCUAAGAAUACAUGCUUUUAAAUGAGGUGGAUAUAAAAAUAGUUGCUGUGCAAAAAAAUUAGUAGUCUUCUUCAAGAAGAAAGCAAAUUCUUUUCUAAUAAUGCUAGGUAAAUCCUUUUUGUUCAUUCUUGGUUUUAAGAACUGUCAGUGUAAUGCUACUUAUAUCGUGUAUCUUUUUAAUAUAACUAUUACAUUUUUUUAAAGAGACGUGAAGUGUUUUUAUUGCUGUUUUACUUUCUGUAGCAUUUAAAUAAAUUACAAUUGCUUUGGUUUUUUUUAAAAGAAACAUUAAAAGAUUUUGCAGACCAAAAACAA